AUGCUCUACUCCCCAAAGAGACACAUGGAGGGGAGCAACCCCCCCCCCUCCCUCCAGAUACCGCCCUCUACUCCCCACAGAGACACAGGGAGGAGAGCAGCCCCCCGCCCCCCAAACACCACGCUCUACUCCCCACAGAGACAUGGUGAGGGGGUCAGCCCCCCCCCAGACACCACCCUCUACUCCCCACAUAGACACAGGGAGGAGGGAAGCCCCCCUCCACCAGAUACCGCCCUCCACUCCCCACAGAGACACAGGGAGGAGGGCAGCUCCCCCAGGCACCACCCUCUACUCCCCACAGAGACACAGGGAGGAGGGCAGCCCCCCCAGACAACACCCUCUACUCCCCACGGAGACACAGGGAGGAGGGCAGCCCCCCCAGACACCAGCCUCUACUCCCCACGGAGACACAGGGAGGAGGGCAGCCCCCCCAGACACCACCCUCUACUCCCCACAGAGACACAGGGAGGAGGGCAGCCCCCCCAGACACCACCCUCUACUCCCCACGGAGACACAGGGAGGAGGGCAGCCCCCCCAGACACCAGCCUCUACUCCCCACGGAGACACAGGGAGGAGGGCAGCCCCCCAGACACCAGCCUCUACUCCCCACGGAGACACAGGGAGGAGGGCAGCCCCCCCCCCCAGACACCAGCCUCUACUCCCCACAGAGACACAGGGAGGAGGGCAGCCCCCCAGACACCAGCCUCUACUCCCCACGGAGACACAGGGAGGAGGGCAGCCCCCCCAGACACCAGCCUCUACUCCCCACGGAGACACAGGGAGGAGGGCAGCCCCCCCAGACACCACCCUCUACUCCCCACAGAGACACAGGGAGGAGGGCAGCCCCCCAGACACCACCCUCUACUCCCCACAGAGACACAGGGAGGAGGGCAGCCCCCCCAGAUAGCGCCCUCUACUCCCCACAGAGACACAGGGAGGAGGGCAGCCCCCCCAGAUAGCGCCCUCUACUCCCCACAGAGACACAGGGAGGAGGGCAGCCCCCCCAGACACCACCCUCUACUCCCCACAGAGACACAUGGAGGAGGGCAGCCACCCCCCCAGACAUCACCCUCUACUCCCCACAGAGACACAGGGAGGAGGGCAGCCCCCCCCCAGACACCACCCUCUACUCCCCACAGAGACACAGGGAGGAGGGCAGCCACCCCCCCAGACACCACCCUCCACUCCCCACAGAGACACAGGGAGGAGGGCAGCCACCCCAGACACCACCCUCCACUCCCCACAGAGACACAGGGAGUGGAGCAGAGGGGUAUAAUGGAGAAGGGAAAGCAAUUGCACAAGGUGUGUCAUAUUGGUAGCACUAUCUGUUUAGACUGUGUUUUGCAGUAA